UCCCGGGAUGCACGUGUGGAGAGGCCCACAGGCCGCCUACUUAGCCGGGUCUGGGUGGCUUUUCGGGGAGGGAGCGUGUCGCGUGUCCCGGGACUCGGAGCGUGCUGAGGUCGCUCUUUAGGGUGAGCACCGCGCGGCGGCAGCAUGCCUCACAGGAAGAAAAAGCCCUUUAUAGAAAAGAAGAAAGCUGUGUCUUUCCACCUGGUGCACCGCAGCCAACGCGAUCCUUUAGCAGCAGAUGAGACGGCACCCCAGAGGGUUCUGUUACCUGCACAGAAAAUAAACGAUGAAGAAAGGCGAGCGGAACAGAGGAAGUAUGGCGUGUUCUUUGAUGAUGACUACGACUACCUGCAGCACUUGAAGGAGCCAUCUGGGCCCUCCGAGCUGGUUCCCACAGGUACCUCCAGUGCACCCGACGGGAGAGACGAAGAAGAAGAAACUCGAGUAAUUUCAACCACUGGAAUUCAGUUGCCUUCGUCAGUGUUUGCAUCAGAGUUUGAGGAAGAUGUUGGAUUGUUAAAUAAAGCAGCUCCUGUUUCAGGACCUCGGCUGGAUUUUGAUCCUGACAUUGUUGCGGCUCUUGAUGAUGAUUUUGACUUUGAUAAUCCGGAUAAUCUGCUUGAAGAUGAUUUUAUUCUUCAGGCCAAUAAGCCAACAGAAGAGGAGGAGGGGAUGGAUACACAGAAAUCUGAGGCUGAAGAUGGCAGUGAGUGGGCAGAUGUGGAUGAUGAGAAGGAAGGAGAUAGUGAUGAGGACUGCUGUGACUCUGCAGGCUCAUUAUCAGAUGAGGCUGUGUUUGCCCCUGGAAAACCUCGUGGGGCUGGAGAGGACCACUUGUUCUGGGAAGAGGAAACAAAGAGUCGCUUUACUGAGUAUUCUAUGACGUCCUCAGUCAUGAGGAGAAAUGAGCAGCUGACCCUACAUGAUGAGAGAUUUGAGAAGUUUUAUGAACAAUAUGACGAUGAUGAAAUUGGAGCUCUGGAUAAUGCUGAAUUGGAAGGUUCCAUUCAAGUGGACAGCAGUCGCUUAGAGGAAGUUUUGAAUGACUACUAUAAGGAGAAGGCAGAGAAUUGUGUAAAGUUGAAUACUCUUGAACUCUUCGAGGAUCAGGACCUGCCAAGGAAUGAACUCGAUGGGGCUGAGGAGGAAGAGAUUGUUACUGUAGUUCUUGAAGAAGCCAAAGAGAAGUGGGACUGUGAAUCCAUUUGUAGUACGUACUCAAAUUUAUAUAACCAUCCGCAACUUAUCAAGUAUCAACCAAAGCCCAAACAAGUCCAACUGUCUUCUAAAACUGGAAUCCCUCUCAAUGUCUUACCUAAGAAAGGACUCACAGCAAAGCAAGUUGAACGAAUGCAGCUGAUUAAUGACAGCGAUCUGCCUAAGGUGUCAACCCAACCACGUUCUAAAAAUGAAAGCAAAGAAGAUAAAAGAGCAAGAAAGCAAGCUAUAAAAGAAGAGCGCAAGGAACGGAGGGUGGAGAAGAAAGCUAACAGAUUAGCCUUCAAGCUGGAGAGAAGGCGGCAGGAGAAGGAGCUGCUGAACUUGAAGAGGAAUGUUGAGGGUCUGAAGCUAUGACAGUGGAACAUUUGGGGUAAAGCCCGUUCCUCAUCAGGGGCUCCUCAUUAUGUUCAGUAAUGAACGAGGAUCUUCACAGAGACAAAACUGGUUCCUCUGCCAUUUUUACCAACAGAUAUUGAAGAGAAAACUACAGUAUUGUAAUUUAUACCAGUAAGUUUUCUCUGUCCACUGUCUUGUAAAUAUUGUAAUAUUUUUGAAUUUAAUAUUAUAAGCUUAGGUUUGCUCCGAAAUAAAUGACUUCAUGAGUA